AGUGAUCACAACCUGAUUGGGAGCGGCGGCUCUGGAAAAGUUUACCGUGUUCCCGUGAACCGUCUAGGCAAUGUUGUUGCUGUAAAGAGAAUAUGGAACAACAAAAAGGUAGAACACAAACUCGAGCAAGAAUUCCUUUCGGAAGUCAAGAUACUGAGCUCAAUCCUACACACCAACAUAGUGAAACUCCUAUGUUGCAUAUCCAGCGAGAGUUCGAAACUCCUUGUCUACGAGUACCUAGAAAACCGAAGCCUAGACAGAUGGCUGCACAACAAAAACAGGCAAAAUAUGAUCUCAGCUGCUCGUUCUGUCCAUCCCGGCAUUCUUGACUGGCCCAAGAGGUUGCAAAUCGCGGUGGGGGCUGCACAGGGUCUCUGCUAUAUGCACCAUGAUUGUGUCCCACCAGUUAUUCACAGAGACAUUAAAGCAAGUAACAUAUUGCUAGACUCGGAUUUCAAUGCGAAAAUCGCUGAUUUUGGACUGGCCAGGUUGUUGGUCAAGCAAGGAGAACUUGCCACAAUGUCAACCGUG